UUGCUUGAGUAAAAACAUUUUCUUGUCUGUGAGCGGCAGCCCACGUCAAAACAAUACGUGACGUUUACAAAUUUUUAUGUUGGGUGAUAUCGCGAUAGCUGCUGUAAAUUUGCGAAAAAUUCGCCACGCAGCAUGGGAGAUGCAUCGGUCGCAGAUACCGAAUCUAAUAAACCCAGUCCUCAAAGCGAGGCGCCGUCCGAGACGGACCGGGGUCCUUUCGGCGGGCUGGAAUUUCAAGUUUCAGAAGUGGUAGAGAGGUUGGAAGCCGGAGUGAACGCUCACGAGGCCGGAGAUGAAGAGAGACGGAGGGAACCGCGCAAAAUCAGCGCCGGGUUCUUCGAGCCGGAAGAAACGUCUAUGGAUGAGAUAUUGAAGGUUUUAGAGGAGUUGGUGUUGAAGACGGACCCUAGUUGCGAGAGCGCGGAGCCGCCGCUGCUGCCGACGGACGAGGUGACGCGCGCGGCGAUCCUGUCGCACAGCAUCUCGGCGCUGUUCGGGCGGCUGGAGCGCGGGCACGCCGCUCGGCUCGGAGCGCACAUCGCAAGCGAAACGUCGCGGUGGAUGGCGCACAUGUUCAGAUUGGCAGACUACAGCGCAUAUUACCACCAAGAGCAAUUGGAAGGUCUGGUGCGAGUGACUCGCAUGCUGCUGCACUGUCGCUACCCGCGCUAUCUUGAAGAUGGGGCACUGGCGUUCGCGACUCGCCUCCCAUGCAUAUACAGCUGCGUGGCAUCUCCGCUAGGGGUCGUACAACAUUUAUGCAGGCAGCUCGGCCUGCCUCUCGCCUGCGUGCGCCCCGUGCCGCAGCACCCGCGCGGGCGCGGCAUGGACGUAUCAGCCCUCGAACGUCUCUGCGAAGAAGACUUGGCGGCGUCGCGCACGCCGCUGCUGGCCCUGGCGGCGGCGGGCGCGGCGCCGCUGGGCGGCGGGGACCACCUCGCGGCGCUGGCGGCCGCGUGCCGGCGCCGCGCGCUGCACCUGCACGUGCGCGGGCACGGCCUGGCGCUGCCCGCGGCCACGCCCAGAGACGAAAGUUAUAGUAUAGCUGACUCCGUCACACUCACGCCUGGGCCCUGGUUUGGCGUCCCCGGCCUCCCUACUGUCACAUUUUACAAAAUUCCAGAACCUAUGACAGCAAACGAUCAUUCCAAAGGUGUAAAUCCAGCGGGCAGCCGCGAGGGCGCGCUGGCGGCGCUGGGCGGGCUGGCGGGGGCGGGGGCGGGCGGCGCGGGCGGGGCGGGCGGCGCGGGGCGGGCGGCCGCGCUGCCGCUGUGGGCGGCGCUGCGCCGCGCCGGCGCCGCGCGGCUCUCCGCCCGGCUGGCGGCGGCCUUCCGCCACGCCCGGGCGGCCAGGACCAUCGUCGCCGAGGCGGGGCUCAAGAUACUGAGUGCAGAACCCGGCGGCGAUGAACCACCAACCGUUGAUCUAGUUGAGGCAAUAUCGCGGGCAUCCGCAUGCGUUACAUUUCAGUUUGCCCCCGAAGACUCAGAAAAGCCGCCACCAUACUACGACAAGCUUAACUCCUGGCUCGGACAAGUAUUGCAGCGGGAGGCAGAUAUGAUCAGCAUAGAGGUGUGCGAGACGGAGAGCCACGGCGUGGUGCUGCGCUACUGCCCGCUGGAGGGCGCCGCGCUGGAGGGCGCCGCGCCGGCGGGCGCCGCGCUGCCGGGCGCGCUGGACGGGCUGGCGCCCAUCCUGGACGCCCAGGUCCAUGUACUAAGGGCCACGGCGGCUCUUAGGGAGCCUUUCUUACAGCACGUAGCGGCGCUGCCGUGCCUGCAGGCGGCGCACGUGCCGGGCUGGGCGGGGCUGGGCGGCGUGCGCUACGUGCCCGCCGGCUGGGAGCACGCCGCGCCCGAGCGCCAGGACGCGCUCAACAGGUACGUCUCGUGUCGACCUUGUUGCGUGUCGGCGGCACGUGGCGGCGCUGCCGUGCCUGCAGGCGGCGCACGUGCCGGGCUGGGCGGGGCUGGGCGGCGUGCGCUACGUGCCCGCCGGCUGGGAGCACGCCGCGCCCGAGCGCCAGGACGCGCUCAACAGGCAACUGGUGGAGGCGCUCCGCGCCACGGACGGCGCCUUCAGCUGCGGCGAGGCGGCGGACGGGCGCGCCUGCGUGCGCUUCGGGAUGGUGACCGCCGACACCGACGUGCGCGAGCUGCUGGAGCUCGUGCUGCUGGCGGGCCGCGACGCCGAGACCUGCUCGCGGGAGCUCACCGACAUGACCGAGGUGCUCAAGAAGGGUAUCGAAGAGGCGGUGGCGGACUUGGAGCGCGAGAACGCCAACCGGCUGUGGCAGGAGGGGCUGCUGCGGCGCGUGCCCGUGGUGGGGCGCGUGGUGGACUGGUGGGCGCCCGCCGCCGUGCCGCCGCCGCCGGGCCGCCGGCUGCAUCUGCAGCACGGCACCCUGCAGCCCACCAGCGACAUCUACAGGUACGUACAGAAGAAGGCGGAGUCGGAACCUGCGCGCGCGCACUCCCCGGCCCGACAACCUGCCGCCGACCAGUAGGCGCGUUGGCACAUGUUGCUAACUUUGGCACAUGGCACACGACAUGUUGCUAACUUUGGCACAUGGCACACGACAUGUUGCUAACUUUGGUACAUGGCACACGACAUGUUGCUAACUUUGGCACAUGGCACACGACAUGUUGCUAACUUUGGUACAUGGCACACGACAUGUUGCUAACUUUGGCACAUGGCACACGACAUGUUGCUAACUUUGGCACAUGGCACACGACAUGUUGCUAACUUUGGCACAUGGCACACGACAUGUUGCCGACGUUGGCACACUCGCCGCCCACCGUUGACAGGCUCGCCAUGUAAAUCAGCUUGCGAUCUGACCUAAUAGUGUUCAGAAGAAGUGGACGAGAUUGUAAAUACACCAAUUUGUCUUUUCAUUCUCUAAUCACCUGCUUUUUGCUUGUAAUUCAUUGUACACUUGAGAUUACGUCUACUUCUUCAAUUAAAAAUACAGCUUAAUUAAUACUAUGUUCUAACCGGAUACAUAUUGCCACAAAAUUGCCAAGAUAAUAGCAAUUUUGAUAUGUGAAAUAAAAAUACAAAUUAAGUAACGGUUAGAAGAUUUUGCAAGUAGUAGAGAAUUUAAUUGUUUACUUUUUCUGCCAUUUCUAUUGAACACUAUUUUUAGGCUACGCAACGCGACAAGUUAACAAUUUAACAUAAAAUGUAACAAUGGUUACUAUUGUAAAUCUUUAUUAUAUUUCAUUUCAUAGUUAUAAAUGAAUUGCUCCGUCGGUCGCCCGACGACCAAAGAUCACGAUCAUUUUUCGGUAUCAGCAUCGCUCGUCGCAUUCGUUUUUCGUUUAUUUCUUAUUUCGUAUUAUUCUGUAUUCGUCACUCGUUCUGUUCUCGUCUUGUUCCCUCUUUGUCACUCUUCAUCUUCUUUGGCAAUAUUCUUUAAGUUGUCUUUAUUAUUUUUUAAUUCCACGUCGGUGGCAAACAAUCAUACGGCCCGCCUGAUGGUAAGCAGUCACCGUAGCCUAUAGACGCCUUUCCCUUAAUAUGUCUUAUUCGUUUUUCGUCAUGGUCUUCUUUAGUCUCAUGCAUCAUUUGUCGGUUUCCUAUUUUUUCUCAUUGACGUUUUCGCCGAAAAUAAUUUGACGAGUUCGAUUCUGGGCACAUUCCUAAUUAGUCUCUUCUGUUUUUAUCGUAUUCUGAGUUCUGUGACUAUUGUUUAAUAUGAAUAUCAUUAAACUAUUGCAAAUAUCGUGUUCAAUACCCAUUUUCCACAUUAUCUCGUCGUAAACGUCUCUAAAACGAAUACAAUAAUGACUUUCACGAAAAAAUGCACGACUGAGAACGGGACGGGUAGCAAAUGCACCCAAAAAAAGAACUAAAAGAAUUGCCAAUGAGAGCAAAAAAGAGAGUGUUAAAAAACUAAUGUGACUUAACAUAAACUGCGAAUAAUACGAAAAACGAUGGAGACGAACAACGAUUAAGACUAAAGAAGGCCGUGACGAAAAACUAAUUAAGACAUAUUCAGAGGGAGACUUUUACAAAAUUCGACUUAAGAAUAUUGUGACAAAGAGCGAUGAAGACGAGUAAAUAACGUGUGACGAAUACAGAAUGAUACGAAAUAAGAAAUAAACGAAAAACGAAUGAGACGAGCGACGCUGAUACCCAUUUUUCGACAAAAAUGUAAUAUUUUGCCAAUUUUUAAGCAAUAAUUUUAUAGUACUAAUAAAAUAGGCAACCAAUUCGAAGCCCAGUGGCAUUACUUAAAGUAUUAUUUAAUUUGAAUGAAAUUAAGUGGCAAGUUGAUUAAUUAUUUAUAGUGGAAUCUUAAUUAACGCUGUCAAGCACCAGAGUUACGUGAUCAGUGCCUUAACUCUUACCUUAUUUAGUUUAAGUACCUAAUUAUUCAACGAUUUUGACUUUUAACGUCGUGGUCGUGAAUUGUAUUAUCCAGGAAUGUACGCCAAUAUAUACGCCAAGAAUUAUCCAGGGUGUCCAGUGUCCGAUUUUCGAUUUCAAAAUUUGAUUUAAAAAAAACAAACAUAUAAACUGUUUAUUUUUAUGAACAGAAAUUUACCUAAUGCUGUUUUAGUUAUUUGAAAGUUACUUUAUCUGAAUGUCGACCUUGGCUGUGUACAUACUGCGUGUUCUGAAAUGACUGCAAGCUGAUCUGAGGCCAGCGAUCCGAUGCCACUAAUGAAUCCGCAACACUCACAACACUAAAACAGCCCAAGUCUACUGCUGGACACUCUGUAGGUACAAACGUCGUCAAAGAUAUGUUUACAUUGUUUGCCUUAUUACAAAGGAAUAAGGUGUAAAAGUUGAAACAUAUCUUUGACUGUACAUAUUUAGUUGGCGUACUUGCGAUAUAAAGAAGACUACUUAGCUUUUUGAAAACAGAAGGGUUUAAAGGAAUACCUUAGUAAUACACACUCGUGUGAAAUUUUCAAGAAAUACAAUUCAUAAUAUACAAACAGACGAACAGAGGAGACUAAUUAUAACCCUCUAAAAUGUAAACAACGUGCUGAAGUGUCGCAGCUUUUAUGAGAAAAGGGGACUUUCGCCUCGUAUACAAAUAUAGUCUCUAUUUUCCUCUCUGAAUAUUAUCAUUAUAGAAAAUAUUUUUACGCAAUUUGCUAUAUAUUAACGACAGCUAUCGUACCCCUUCGUUUGCGUAGAAAUAUUUUCUAUAGAGUCGACAUGGAGAAGCGGUCGUCCAGUGUCGUGUUAAAUGUGCAGAGUUAAGGUACUGGUAGCGUUCUUCCUACUGUGGUUAACGAGUAUAUUAUGUUAAAACAUAAUAUGAUUGUAUUCUCGACCGCACCCACGUCUAUUAAUAAAUAUGGUGAGACUAAAUUAUUAUUUGUACAAAUUUAUGUUAUCAAUAACCUGUAUAAAAUAAAUAAUAUGAAAAUUUACAA